CGCUCCGGGCGGACGGCUAAGGCGGCACCAUGAAGAGGAGAGCAGGGGAGCGGGAGAAAGAGCUGAAGAAGAAAAAACUUCUUGAAGAACUUGGGGAGAACAGACUUCCAUAUCUGACGCCAGCCGACGCUGAUUUCCACCAGCUGUGGAAGACCAAGUAUUCCAAGCUGAUCUUCAGGAAAUCUGAUACAGUACCUGAAGAUCUCCACCAAAUGGUACAGGAAAGCUUUCUGGCCUUGCGAGAGCACAACUGUUUCUUUCAAGAUCUUGUGAGGAUCAAAGGAAAAGACUUCCUUACUCCAGUGUCUCGUAUAUUAAUUGGAAACCCAGGAUGCACUUAUAAAUACUUGAACACAAGAUUAUUUACAGUUCCUUGGCCUACACAAAGUUAUGACAUAAAAUAUUGCAGUCCUCAGAUACAUGAUGCUUGUAAAGCAUUAAUGAGACUUAAUGACUACAUGCAUAUUGAAACGGUCAAGGCAUUACAAGGACAAAAUUUGCUUGAGAACAAAGAAAUUAAAGAUACUACUGUAAUAGAUAGGAAGCAAAGUUUUGCUUCUUCUCUAACUGAGCAAGAAUCUGUUUCAAAAGAUCAAAGCAGUGUUUGUGUAUCAGAGGAUGACCGAAGUCUAAAGAACAGAACAUCUUAUAAUUUGACUUUAUUAAAUUAUAUGGAUCCCUUACAAAUGCUGUACUUGAAACAAGAGCCUUACUUUGGAAUGGGGAGCAUGGCAGUGAGCUGGCACCAUGAUGAGAACCUGGUGGAAAGGUCAGCAGUGGCUGUGUACAGUUACAGCUGUGAAGAUUCAGCUGUACAAGAAAGCAGCGAGCAGCAGCUGAAGGGAAGAGACCCAGCUGUUUGGCACGUGGGCUUGAAGGUGGCAUGGGACAUAGAGACACCUGGCUUGGCAGUGCCACUUCACCAAGGAGACAUCUACUUGAUGCUCGAUGAUCUCAAUAUGACCCAUCAGCACUGUGUUCUGGCUGGUUUGUCCCCUCGGUUCAGCUCCACUCACAGGGUGGCAGAUUGUUCAAGAGGAACAUUGGAAUACAUACUUGGACAGUGUGAACUGGCACUCCAGAAUUUGCAGACUGAUUCUGAUUCAAUGGCUUUGUCUUUGAAAUCACUGGAAGCUGCAGUGGUGAAGCAAGUAGAAGAAGUACAUAAUGAGGUUGAAUUUGAGUGGCUUAGGCAGUUUUGGUUCCAAGGCAAGAGGUAUUUGAAGUGCACUGAUUGGUGGCUUAAGCCUAUGGCUAAAUUGGAAGAAUUUUGGAGAAAAAUGGAGAUUAUGACAAGUCUGGUCCUCUCUGAGGUGAGAAAAGAGCAACAAAUUGAGGAACAAAGGAAUGAGACCAUCAGCUGCUUCCUGCUCCUGCUUAAGGAGAGACAAAAGCUGCGUAAAGAAUGGACAGCAAGAUGCCAGUCAGACGCAGCAGAGAGCUUGCCAGAGGACCAGAGACCAGAAUGCCAUCCUUUCUGGACAGAUGAUGAUGAAUGUAAUAUGCCUCUGCCAUAUGAUCUAGAAGAAAUAAUUGCCUAUCUACAAAAUCUUGUUCAAUGGAUAGAAUAACAAGCGACCUUCCAGCCUAGAAUUAUUGAUGCUGGUCAUCUGGGGAGAAGCUUUGUUAUCAUGAAUCUUUUAAGCUUUAUGAUUUCUUGAUUGUAUGUGAUUUUAUGUGUCAAUGCAGAUUUUGCCAGUCUUUACACAGUAGCUUAGUUACUGUCUCAUAAUUAAAAGGACCAGCCCCCAAAUUUAGAGAAGUGUGUGUUUUUUAAGACCUGAAGUCCAGAACACCAGCCUUAGUUCCCUUCUCCUCCACUCUAAUUCCCAUUGACCCUGCAGCCCAGGGGUGUCUGUGUAUCACAGACUCACAGAAUGUUGCAGGUUGGAAGGGACCACAGUGGGAUCACCUGGUCCAACCCCCUGGUCAGGCAGAAUUCCCCAGAGCACAGGCACAGGGCUGUGUCCAGACAGUUCUGGAAUGUUCCCUGUGAGGGAGACUCCACAGCCUGCACAGAGCAUUUUUCAUUUUUUCAGAUGAGGGAUUCUGUAGGAGCAUUCUAACACAGAUCCCAAGACUUCCUUACUGUUUUGCCUCAUGGCAACAGAGUACUGCUAAGAGAGAUUUCUGAUGUGAAUCUGUACCUUCUGGUCUCCCUGGAAUUCAGAAUUCAGUUCCUAACCAUUGCUUUGUUUCUGCAUGUUGUGAAUCCUACUCUGAGGUCAUGUUUCCCAGUGCAUUGCCAAAAGAAGUGAUGGACCUAAAUAAGACCUUCCAUUUAGGUUGUUUGGUUCUCUGAGAAACUGGAUUUAGAUUGUGUGAUAUCGGGUAUUUCAGCCUCAUGUGAGAUCUAUGAGCACAAACCCAAAAACUAUGAAAAAGGAAGCUGUUUGUGAUGUUUUGUAGUAACAUGCUAUAAAAAGAACAAUUCUGUGGGGGAUCAUACAGGGUGCUCCUGAAUGAGAUAGAAAAUUUUGUCUUGGUAAAUUGCUAUUUUAUCUGAACUGCUUGGGCUGGUGUCCAACUCUGCCAGAAAAAGCAGAAAAUCAUUGGGGUGAAAAAGCACUCAGGCUGUAUUACCAAAGAAGUCAGUAAGGUUCAGAGUUUGACAUUGCCACCAAGAAAUGAAUAUGCCUCCUGUGUUGAUGUGGUGUUUAAAGUCUCUGCUGAGGCUGACCUCACCCAGAACACUCCAGCUUCUGUACUGGCAAAGUGCUGUAUGUGUGGAUGAGGCUUGCGCUCCUGAAAAUUGUGCUUUUGACGGUAUAACAUAUGCCAGACCUCCCUGGAGCUAAGGAAGCUGUGCCAGUAAAAAUUCAGUUUUAGUGGUAUAAAACUGUGUCCACACCUACCAGCUUUUGCCAGGACAAUUAUAUCAAGUAGAGGUUGUGCCUCAUAAGACUUUAUGUAAAGCUGUGCCAGCAAAAGUAUAAAUACCUGAAUCAAGUGUUUCCAGCAUAGUCCUGGGUUUCUGUGAAAACUUUCAGUUAUCCUGUGGAAUGUAAAGACUCUCUGAAGAAUAAGUUAUUACUUAAACUAGGUUUGAUAAUAUCACCAUGAUCCACUCAUUUAUCUGUUGUCUCUUGUGCCAUAGAUUUCAUAACAUUUGGAAAUACAGCUAUGGGCCAGCUUUCUCUUCCCUGCACUAGUUAAAGCUGGCUUUACCAGUGGCAUAUUUGGAUUAGUGCCACACUAAACACUGUUUGCUUUGGAGAUUCCUCAGAGAAAAGCUAGCUGAAGAUGUGGGAAUUCUGCUUUUGAAAAGGCAGU